GCCUUUUUUAAUUAUGUCCGCAAGUCUUAAACCCCUUUCUGCUUACAGCGUGGAGUGUCUCCUUCUUCCCCUCCUUUGUCGCUCCUUUUUCAGCAAAUCGGAAAACUUUAUCCACUAUGGGUAGAACCGCAGUUGCAUUGGUCGUAACUCUAUGGAUAGUUCCUCUUUAUAUUAUCGUCAAUCGUUUUGUUCCGGACGCAUACAUGGACGAGAUAUUCCACUUACCGCAAGCGCAACAGUACUGUCGAGGCAAUUUCAGAAGUUGGGAUCCCAUGAUCACCACGCCUCCUGGACUGUACUUUCUUUCACUUGCCUAUGUUGCUUCUUUGUUUCCAGGAUUGUUCUGCAUGCGAGCAAUGUCAUCAUUUUCAGACUCAUGCUCGACUUCAAUUCUUCGACUAACCAAUGGUGUUCUGGCAGUAGUAUGUAGCAUUCUUGUAUAUGAGAUAAUAAUUCAUCUGAGACCAUCUCUUGAUGACAAGAAAGCAACAUUUCGUGCUGUGGUUUUGUCAUUGUAUCCAUUGCACUGGUUCUUCUCCUUUCUAUACUAUACAGACGUGGCAUCUCUAACUGCAGUACUUGCCAUGUAUCUUUUAGUUUUGAAGAAGAAAUACAUCUUCAGUUCUUUGCUUGGGACUGUUUCUGUGUUGAUAAGGCAAACAAAUAUUAUAUGGUUGCUCUUUGUUGCUUGCACUGGCGUUAUAGAAUUUGCUCAGUCCCAUCUAAAGGAUAGGGGGGAAAUAGAUAACGUAAGCACACCAAAGGAAAAUGAUGGUCUCUCUGCCAACCAUAAGGGUGCAUCAGCUAUCUCCAAAUUGAGAAAGCGAAGGGUCAAUAGUGGUGCAAAAAAUCAGAAAAAACUUGCUGUAGAAACGUCGAAUCCUAUGGUACAUUCAUCAGGAUUCCUUGAGGAGAUUUACAGCAUAGUAAUUAUAUCUUGGAAUCAUUUCUGGCAGCUUUUGGUUUUGCUAAGUCCUUUCUUGAUGGUAUUUGCGGCUUUUGUUGCAUUUGUAUGCUGGAAUGGGAGCAUUGUUCUUGGCGCUAAAGACGCUCAUGCAGUUUCCCCCCAUUUUUCUCAGUUUCUCUAUUAUGGUGUGGUUUCUUCUCUGUUUACUUUUCCUGCCCACUUCUCUUUUGGUCAAGCUGCAACUCUGUAUCAACAGCUCCUCAAGAACAGACUGCUUGGCUUCGUUCAGUGGUUCAUGGCCUUAGCCUUUGGUUUCCUUUCUGUGAAAUUUUUCAGCAUUGCCCACCCAUAUCUCCUAGCAGACAAUCGGCAUUAUCCUUUCUAUCUCUGGCGGAAAGUCAUCAACUACCAUUGGUCGACCAAGUACCUUAUGCUUCCUUUCUAUGUUUACUCAUGGUUCUCCAUAGUCAGUAAUUUGGCCAAAAAUCAGAAGAAGCUCUGGGUGUUGAUAUAUGUUUUAGCUUGCACUGCAACACUUAUUCCCACCCCACUGAUAGAGUUCAGAUACUAUACAAUUCCAUUCUUCUUCAUGGUUCUCCACACCGACAUUGUUGACAAUAUGAGUUGGCUUCUUCUGGGGUUCUUGUAUCUUUCUGUCAAUUGCUUCACAAUGUAUAUGUUCUUGUUCCGGCCUUUCUCUUGGGCGCAUGAAGCUGGGACACAGAGGUUCAUUUGGUGAUGUGCACGCCAGAAAUUUAUAGGAAUCUUUGCAAUUAAUGUGCAAGCAGCAUGACUUUCCCUCUGGCCGUUGAACGGAAUAGGAAGCUGUUCAAGUUGUCGUCCCGUUUCUCUCUGUCAUAAUCUAUUUCAGGUACGUCACUAUACAGCUUUUGGUUUGGUGCCUUGUAUUACUUUAUCCCGAUGACUGGGAGACACCUCCUGCAACUUGUGAUUCCCUCUUCUUUUGACAGGGUCUAGUAAUAGUAAGCACACCUCUGUUAACACAAUAUUGUAGAGUAAUACUGUAAUACUAGGAGUUGCUUAGAACUAACCUUUCAAAAUCUUCUUAAACUAAUUUGUGAAAUACAUGAUAUGAUUGGACUUGGGAUUCUUAGUUGACUUAUUCUUCUUCUUCUCUGUUUGAUUCA